AUGUCUAUCGAUCUAAUUUUGUCUCUUCACAUCUAUCUAUCUAUCUAUCUAUCUAUCUAUCUAUCUAUCUAUCUAUCUAUAUGUUUUAGUCUGUUCAUAUCUAUCUAUCUAUCUAUUUAUCUAUCUAUCUAUAUAUAUAUAUAUGUACAUAUUUUAGUCUUUUUCUUCUUUGCUUUUUCAUCUUUUACUGCUGUACUUUUUUCAUAUUUUACUUUUUUCUUUUUUCAUCGUUGCUUUUUUCAUCUUUUUCUUCUUUCCUUUUUUCAUCUUUUUCUUCUUUGCUUUUUUCAUCUUUUUCUUCUUUGCUUUUUUUUCAUCUUUUUCUUCUUUUUUUUUUUCAUCUUUUUCUUCUUUGCUUUUUUCAUCUUUUUCUUUUUUUUUUUUCAUCUUUUUCUUCUUUGCUUUUUUCAUCUUUUUCUUUGCUUUUUUUCAUCUUUUUCUUUGCUUUUUUUUUUUUUCAUUUUUUCUUUUUUUUUUUUCAUCAUUUUUUUUUUUUUUUUUCAUCUUUUUCUUUGCUUUUUUUUCUUUUUUUUUCUUUUUUUUUUCAUCUUUUUCUUCUUUGCUUUUUUCAUCUUUUUCUUCUUUGCUUUUUUCAUCUUUGCUUUUUUCAUCUUUGCUUUUUUCAUCUUUGCUUUUAUGAUCUUUUUCUUCUUACCUUUUUCAUCUUUUACUUUGCUUUUUCAUCUUUUUCAUCUUUGCGUUUUUUCAUCUUUUUCUUCUUUGCUUUUUUUUCACUUUUUUCCCAUUCAUUCUUUUUCUUCUUCCUUUUGUUCUUUCUCGAAUUCUCUCUUCUUUGUCGUCUUUUUUCCCAUUCAUUCUUUUUCUUCUUCCUUUUGUUCUUUCUCGAAUUCUCUCUUCUUUGUCGUCUUUUUUCCCAUUCAUUCUUUUUCUUCUUCCUUUUGUUCUUUCUCGAAUUCUCUUCUUUGUCGUCUUUUUUUCCCAUUCAUUCUUUUUUUUCUUCUUCCUUUUGUUCUUUCUCGAAUUCUCUCUUCUUUGUCGUCUUUUUUCCCAUUCAUUCUUUUUCUUCUUCCUUUUGUUCUUUCUCGAAUUCUCUCUUCUUUGUCGUCUUUUUCUCUCGUCUGUUUCUUCUUGUUUCUAUCUCUUGUUUUUUCCUUCUUUUCUUUGUUUUUUUUUUUGUCUUUUUCGAUCGCUUUCCUUCUUUUUCCACCACCCCCGCCUACGCAUCUUCAAUUUCAUGGCAUAUAUUUGUUAAACCAUAUGUCUACCUCUUCUUUUAUCCUCCAUUUUAAAUAUUUCUCCGCCUCUUUUUUCUUUUCUUUGUUUUUCUUUUGCAUAUCUUUUUUUCCUUUUCUUCUGCUUUUUUUUUUCUUUUCAUUCUAUUUAUUGUUCUUUCUCUUUUUCUUUUCUUUUUAUCCACUUUUUAUUUUUUCCUUCUUGUCUUUUUCUUCCACCUUUUCUUUGUCCUUAAUGUUUAUUCUCUCUUUUUUCCAUUUCUUUUUUUCUUUUUACCUUUACAUUUCUUUUUCCUUUAGUUUAAAAGUAUAUUCUUUCUGUUUUUCUCUUUUCUUUUCUUCCUUUUUCUUUUCUUUUUCUUUUUUCCUUCUUUAUAUUCUUUCUGUUUUUCUCUUUUAUUUUCUUCCUUUUUCUCUUUUGCUUCUUUUUCUUUCUCCUUCUGUUUCUUUUUCUUUCUUUUGUUUUCUUUUAAAACCUAGCCUUAUUCUUCAUUAUCUCUCUUCUUCGUUAUCAUGUCCUUCUUUUUCACUGUUUUCACUCUCGUUUUCCUCCUCUUCUCAACUUAUUUUUUUCAUAUCUUUCUUUCGAUUCUCCUUUUCUGUCGAACGAAGCGAUGGUUGCCGUGUCGUGUCGUUCGGGGUUUGUGACUUGUAUUUUCUAUUAAGCUAUCUAUUAUUCAAACUUCUCAUAUCUAUCUAUCUAUCUAUCUAUCUAUCUAUCUAUCUAUCUAUCUAUCUAUCUAUUCAACCUUUUCGUAUGUAUGUAUGUAUGUAUCUAUCUAUCUAUCUAUCUAAAUCUCUUCAUAUCUAUCAAUCUCUUCAAACUUUCCGUCUGUAUGUAUGCAUGUAUGUAUCUAUCACAGUCUCUUCAUAUCUAUCUAUCUAUCUAUCUAUCUAUCUAUCUAUCUAUCUAUCUAUCUAUCUAUUUAACUUUUCUGUAUGUAUGUAUGUGUGUAUCUAUCUAUCUAUCAUAUCUAUCUAUCUAUCUAUCUAUCUAUCUAUCUAUCUAUCACAGUCUAUUCAUUAUCUAUCUGUCUAUCUAUUCAACCUUUCCGUAUAUCUAUCUAUCUAUCUAAAAUUUUCAAUCUAUCUAAAUCUCUGGGAAAUCUAUCUAUCUAUCUAUCUAUCUAUCUAUCUAUCUAUUCAUUUAUCUAUCUAUCAUUAA